CACUCUGUUUCUCGAGAACCAAAGAAUCCCAGUUCCUCUCCUCUCCUCUCCUCGAAAACCCUAUCUUAUACUUUCGGUUCCCCAUAUCUCUUUCUCUUCCCUCGACCGCAUAAAACAAUUUCCUUGUCUCUUUCUAUUUAGUGAUUCUUUCCCUUUAUUUUUCCUUCAUAAAUUUACGCUAUUUUUUCCAUUCCGAUAAUUGGAUCUCUGAAGGAAAAACAAAAGAGGAAAGAAUACAACCCACCCUCUCUUUUAUCUUUCUCUACAAUACUAACGAUUUGAUUUUCGUUGAUUUAAUCUAAUUAUCAAUUUUUUAAAAAAAAUUUUCCGCAGCUAUUUUCUUUAUUCUUUAAUACCCACCGAACAAGCAAGAUAAUGGCAAUUGCUUGGUCUGCAAAAGCUUCUUCUGUCGAGGCUUUGUCUUUAUCUCCUCCUAUGUCUCCACCCGUCGUCCUAACGCAAGACGAGCUGAAAAAAAUCGCCGCUUACAAAGCCGUUGAGUUCGUUGAAUCAGGCAUGGUUCUGGGUCUAGGCACAGGUUCGACAGCCAAACACGCCGUGGAUCGAAUUGGCGAAUUGCUUCGUCAAGGGAAACUUAACAACAUCAUAGGAAUUCCCACCUCAAAAAAAACACAAGAGCAAGCUCUUUCUUUAGGUAUCCCACUUUCAGAUCUCGACAGCCAUCCCACCGUUGAUUUAGCAAUCGACGGUGCGGAUGAAGUGGACCCGCAUCUCAAUCUCGUCAAAGGCAGAGGAGGGUCCCUUUUAAGAGAGAAGAUGGUGGAAGGCGCUUGUAAGAAAUUUGUCGUUAUUGUUGAUGAAUCCAAGUUGGUUAAGUAUUUGGGAGGGAGUGGUUUGGCUAUGCCUGUUGAAGUUGUUCCGUUUUGUUGGAAAUUUACUGCCAGGAAACUCCAAAACUUGUUUGAAGAUUCGGGUUGCGUCGCCAAGCUGAGGAAUGAUUGUAAAGGGGAGCCUUUUGUAACGGACAAUGGGAAUUACGUUGUCGAUUUGUAUCUGAAGAAAGAUAUUGGGGAUUUGCAGGUAGCAAGUGAUGCCAUUUUGAGGAUUGCUGGUGUUGUUGAACAUGGCAUGUUUCUUGACAUGGCUACUACUGUUAUUGUUGCAGGUGAGCUUGGAAUCACCAUCAAGAACAAGUAGAAACUGAAAAAAAAAAAUUCUAACUUCUUUUUAAUGUUUUAGGGAAUUACUGUUGUAACUGGGGAUAGAUUUUUGAAUUCCUUUUUGGCAUACCUAUUGAUUGAUGAGGAGAGUUGUCUUCUCAAGUUUUGUUAUUUUCUUUGGGGGCAUUUCUGAGGGAAGAAAGGAUUCAGGAAUGUUAGGAUUGUGAGACAGCAGCCGCAGCAGCUAAACUAUGAGCAUGAUGUAUGUCAGCUGUUAUGAUCAUUUUAAUUAUAAAGUCUGAUUAUUAACUGGA